CAUAACAAAUAUCUCUUCUGUUUUUCAGUUCUACCGUGCGACGCCAGUCCAUGUCAAAAUAAUGGCACCUGCAUAAACUCUGAGGACGUAAGCUUUACAUGCACCUGCCUCCUAGGCUACACUGGCAGCACUUGUAAGAAAAUUGACAUAUCCUUCUGCAGGAACACCCCUGUCGGCCUCGAGAAAAACGAUAUCAUUCCGGACAGCAGAUUCACCGCAUCAUCUUAUUACAGAGACCGCCGUCCUGAACACGGACGGCUGAACAAUAGGAACCACUGGGCGGCAGCAUCAGAAUCGGGUUACAAGUACCUUCAAAUCGAUAUGAUUUUCUUGUACACUGUCUGUGCGGUAGCGACUCAGGGUACCACUAGUAGUGAUUAUAAUAGUUGGACUACCAGAUACAAGCUUUCAUUCGCGGUUUUGAAUGAAAUGUUUAGCGUCUACCGGGAGGAUGUUUUUGAGAAGAUGUUCGAAGGAAACAAGGACAAGCAUACUGUGCAAAAGAACGACCUCAAAAUCCCGACCAAAGCAAGGUUUAUCGAGUUCAUUCCGAAAGAAUGGAUUUAUUGGCCGGUAUUGAGGGUUGAGGUCUACGGGAUCAGACUGAAUUACUAAUUGUUAGUGUAUGUAUUUAGAGUAGUGUCCCUUGUUGUUAUGCUGAAACCGGUUAGCGGAGUUCGCCAGUUUACGUUUGCAUGAUUGCACAUGUAUCUACUAUUCACUGAUUAGAAGAAGUGUAGCUGAAUCGAAUUGGCAAAAUGAAACAGUAAAACUAUUUUAACACUGACAAGUUUUAAGUUGAAAACAUAGUUUGUCUGUCACGCAUCAUCUACAUUAAAACCUUGUUUCCGGUGAGCCGGCAAUGCUCCGAUUUCAUCGGGUACAUCCAGCUAGAGGAAUUUCUUCUCAUACACCUAAACUUUGGGAUCUUUCCGAAGAAAAGGACUUUUGACUAGUUAAAGAGUUCAGAAAUGGUGUUACUCUCGACCGUUUGAUGAUCCUUCCAAUCCUGGCACAAGUUCAAUAGUAGAAAAAAAAAUGUUGAAACUGUUCACGGUGGCAAGAAGAGUGCAGCAGACAGAUAUUGCAACUUGAUGUGUAACAACAGAUGCGCAUGGACUAAGAUAGUUGAGAGAGAACAGGCAGCAAAUAACGGCACUAUAGAAUACACAUUCUAAUAACAACCGUACUGUGAAUAAAAACACGCAACUUGUUACAUUAGCAAUUUUUAACAAAAUACAAGAUAUGAGUUCUCUUUCCAA